GUUUGUUUGGUCAUGUGACCCGUUCUCCCCGAUCACGUGUCUUCGCGGAGUCCGUAGUUACGGUUGCUAUGGUGAAGAAGAUGGUGCGGGAGGCCAUCCGAAUCUACUGCCGCCUCCGACCGAAUAGCCGCCGCCACACCUCCGGGAUCUAUUCCAUCAACCAUGAGGAAUCCGGAGGCUCCUCGCUGGAGAUCACCGUUCCUCGGGAUCUGGCGGACGGAUUCGUUAAUAAUAAGCGGGAGAAUUACAGGUUCAGAUUUCAAGAGACCUUCGAUCAAGACGAGAGGCAAGAAGCCGUAUUCGAUUGUAUCGCCAAGCCGGUCGCAGAGAGUGUCCUGACCGGCUACAAUGGCACCAUCUUCGCCUACGGGCAGACCGGCAGCGGCAAAACCUUCACGAUCACCGGAGGAGCCGAGCGUUACGGCGACAGAGGAAUCAUCCCAAGGACCCUCUCCUAUAUAUUCGAGGAGUUCCAGAAGGACAGCAGUAAAGUGUACACCCUCCACAUCUCCUACCUGGAGAUCUACAACGAGUGCGGCUACGAUCUGCUGGACCCCAGACACGAGGCCUCCAAGCUGGAAGAUCUCCCAAAAGUGUCCAUCAUGGAGGAUCCUGACCAGAACAUCCAUCUGAAGAACUUGUCCCUUCACCAGGCCAACACCGAGGAGGAGGCCCUCAAUCUGCUCUUCUUGGGGGACACAAAUCGCAUGAUAGCUGAGACUCCGAUGAAUCAGGCGUCCACCCGAUCUCACUGCAUCUUCACCAUGCACCUCUCCAGCAAGGAGCCCGGCUCCGCCACCGUCCGCCGCUCCAAGCUGCACCUGGUAGAUCUGGCUGGAUCUGAGAGAGUUGCCAAGACGGGAGUGGGGGGGCAGCUUCUAACGGAGGCCAAAUACAUCAACUUAUCUCUGCACUACUUGGAGCAGGUGAUCAUUUCCCUGGCGGAGAGGAAUCGAUCACACAUCCCGUAUAGGAACUCCAUGAUGACCUCCGUUCUGCGGGACAGUCUGGGAGGAAACUGCAUGACGACCAUGAUUGCCACGCUGUCUAUGGAGAAGAGGAACAUUGACGAAUCGAUCUCUACGUGUCGCUUCGCCCAGCGAGUGGCUCUCAUAAAGAACGAAGCCCUUCUGAACGAGGAGAUCGACCCUCAACUGAUGAUUGUUCGUCUGAAGAAGGAGAUCCGGGUCCUGAAAGAUGAACUGGCUCUGGUUACUGGGGAGCCGCGGACGGAUGACCUGACUCCGGAAGAGACACAAAGGCUGGAUGAGCAGAUACACAAUUUCCUCGAUGAUGGAGACCCCGAGAGCGCCUUAGACAUUGGCGCAGACAUGCGGAAAAUUCACUACGGCUUUACUGUACUGAAGAGACUUUUCCGUGACCGGAAACCAUCUGAAACCGUCGGAAUCUCUUCUCCUGAGACCACCACAGAAAGACCGGGAUCUUCUAGUGUCCGUCCCGAAGAAAUGAAGAAGCUUCGAGAUCUUCUACAGCAAAGAGACAAUGAAAUCAAUAUUUUAGUCAGCAUGUUGAAGAAGGAGAAGAAGAGGAACCAGGAUGCCACCUAUGAAAUGAGCCAGUCUGGAGGCCAGCUUCGUUCACCCAGCGAUGCCAGCCUUGGUGGAAGACCAGCAUGGAAGGCUCCUCCCACACCCAAGGCUUCAUCCCUCCAGCAAGCCGGCAACAGCAUGGCGACAGAGUCCAGACCCCUGGCUUUCCAGAAGAGGACAGGGGAGAAAAUGUCUUUGGGCCGCCAAGAAGCAUUUGAAAUCUUCAAGCGCGAUUAUCCGGAUAGAGUCGGCAUUGAAGACAACAAAGCGCUCCUCAAGCAAAGGUUUGCAGAAGCCAAAUCCUUGGGGGAAGAAGUGAAUAAUGUGAGGAAGAGAAUCAAUCACCUGAAGGGGGAGGUGGAGAAGAGAAGGAUGCAGAGAGCAGCGUUGGGUGUUUCCAGCUCCUCAGAUGAACUGAACGAGUAUGACCCAGCCGAGGAUGAACUGCGAGGUCAGAUGGAAGACGAAAAAAAAAGGUACAAAACCCUCUUCAAUCGCCUGAAGAGCUUGAAGACGGAAAUCGAACAUUUGCAGCUUCUCCUGGAGAAGGCGAAGGUCAGACUUCUGAAGGACUUUGAGGAGUGGUGGUCCGAGGAGACCUCCGACUUACAGAACCGGACAGAACGGAACGCAGGCGGCGCGGCUCCGCCUCCCCGCUCACUUUCUUCCAGUGUGUCAGAGAACUCGGAUUUCAUGGCCAGCAGAACAGCAAGCAGUCUGCAGCGUCCCCCAUCCCCCCACAGAGUUCCUCGGUCCGCCAAAACUCCGAUCCCGCUCACCGGCGACAGCCAGACGGACGCCGACAUCCUGGCGUUUGUGAAGGCGCGGCAGAACCUCCUGCAGAGGAAAGAUCUGUGCAGUAAUCCCGUGUGA